AUGCCUGCAGUGGGCGAGGACAGUGCCAGGAGGGGCUCUGCUUCUGUGAAGAGGGCUACCGGGGCCCUGACUGCUCGGCAGCCGACGGCCCUGGGGGGCCUCCAGCUCCAGCAGCGGGUUCCUGGAGAUUGGAGUGGUGUCACCAUCUCGGAGCUGGAGCCAGGUCUCACCUACAACAUCAGCGUCUACGCUGUCAUUAGCAACAUCCUCAGCCUUCCCAUCACUGCCAAGGUGGCCACCCAUCUCUCCACGCCUCAAGGGCUACGAUUCAAGACGAUCACAGAGACCACCGUGGAGGUGCAGUGGGAGCCCUUCUCAUUCUCCUUCGAUGGGUGGGAGAUCAGCUUCAUUCCAAAGAACAAUGAAGGAGGGGUGAUCGCCCAGCUCCCCAGUGAUGUUACAUCCUUCAACCAGACAGGACUAAAGCCUGGGGAGGAAUAUAUUGUCAAUGUGGUGGCUCUGAAAGAGCAAGCCCGGAGCCCCCCUACUUCGGCCAGCGUCUCCACUGUCAUUGAUGGGCCCACGCAGAUCCUGGUUCGAGAUGUCUCUGACACCGUGGCCUUCGUGGAGUGGACCCCACCUCGAGCCAAAGUCGAUUUCAUUCUCUUGAAGUAUGGCUUGGUGGGCGGGGAAGGCGGGAAGACCACCUUCCGGCUGCAGCCUCCCCUGAGCCAGUACUCGGUGCAGGCCCUGCGGCCCGGCUCCCGAUACGAGGUGUGGGUCAGCGCAGUCCGUGGAACCAACGAGAGCGAGUCCACCACCACCCAGUUCACAACAGAGAUUGACGCCCCCAAGAACCUGCGGGUUGGUUCCCGCACGGCAACCAGCCUUGACCUCGAAUGGGACAACAGUGAAGCAGAGGUUCAGGAGUACAAGGUUGUGUACAGCACCUUGGCAGGCGAGCAGUACCAUGAGCUGCUGGUCCCCAAGAGCAGUGGUCCAACCUCUAGAGCCAUGCUCACAGAUCUGGUGCCUGGCACUGAGUAUGGAAUUGGAAUAUCCGCCAUCAUGAACUCGCAGCAAAGUGUACCAGCCACCAUGAACGCCAGGACUGAACUCGAUAGUCCUCGGGACCUCAUGGUGACAGCCUCCUCGGAAACCUCCAUCUCCCUCAUCUGGACCAAGGCCAGUGGCCCCAUUGACCACUACCGAAUUACAUUCACCCCAUCCUCUGGGAUCGCCUCCGAAGUCACUGUGCCCAAGGACAGGACCUCAUACACACUGACAGAUCUAGAGCCCGGGGCAGAGUACAUCAUUUCAAUCACGGCUGAGAGGGGUCGGCAGCAGAGCUUGGAUUCCACUGUGGAUGCCUUCACAGGCUUCCGCCCCAUCUCCCACUUGCACUUUUCUCACGUGACCUCCUCCAGUGUGAACAUCACCUGGAGUGACCCAUCGCCUCCGGCAGACAGACUCAUUCUGAACUACAGCCCCCGGGAUGACGAGGAAGAGAUGUUGGAGGUCUCCCUGGAUGCCACUAAGAGGCAUGCUGUCCUGAUGGGCCUUCAGCCAGCCACCGAGUACAUCGUGAACCUGGUGGCAGUCCACGGCACAGUGACCUCGGAGCCCAUCGUGGGCUCCAUCACCACAGGAAUUGAUCCCCCCAAAGACAUCACAAUUAGCAAUGUGACCAAGGACUCAGUUAUGGUCUCCUGGAGCCCACCUGUUGCAUCUUUUGAUUACUACCGAGUAUCAUAUCGGCCAACACAAGUGGGACGACUGGACAGCUCAGUGGUACCCAACACGGUGACAGACUUCACCAUCACCAAGCUGUACCCAGCUACCGAAUAUGAAAUCAGCCUCAACAGUGUGCGGGGCAGGGAGGAGAGUGAGCGGAUCUGCACUCUUGUGCACACAGCCAUGGACACUCCUGUGGAUCUGGCUGCCACCAACAUCACUCCAACAGGAGCCCUGCUGCGGUGGAAGGCACCAGUGAGCGAAGUGGAGAACUACGUCGUUGUUCUCACACACUUUGCAGUUGCCGGAGAGACGAUCCUGGUUGAUGGAGACAAUGAGGAAUUCCAGCUCGCUGACCUGCUUCCUAGGACCCACUAUACCGUCACUAUGUAUGCCACCAGCGGGCCUCUCACCAGUGGCACCAUCAGCACUAACUUCUCCACCCUCCUGGACGUGCCUGCAAAUCUGACAGCCAGUGAAGUCACCAGACAAAGUGCCCUGAUCUCCUGGCAGCCUCCCAGAGCAGAGAUUGAGAACUAUGUCUUGACCUACAAAUCCACUGAUGGAAGCCGCAAGGAGCUGAUUGUGGAUGCAGAGGACACGUGGAUCCGCCUGGAGGGCCUGUCCGAGAGCACAGACUACAUGGUGCUCCUGCAGGCGGCCCAGGACACGGAGCGGAGCAGUGUCACCUCCACCACCUUCACCACAGGGGGCCGGGUCUUCCCUCAUCCUCAAGACUGUGCCCAGCAUCUGAUAAACGGAGACACUCUGAGCGGGGUUUACACCAUCUUCCUCAAUGGAGAGCUAAGCCAGAAGUUACAGGUGUACUGCGACAUGACCACCGAUGGGGGUGGCUGGAUUGUAUUCCAGAGGCGGCAGAAUGGCCAAACUGAUUUUUUCCGGAAAUGGGCUGAGUACCGUGUUGGCUUCGGGAACCUGGAGGAUGAAUUUUGGCUGGGGCUGGACAACAUACACAGGAUCACGUCCCAGGGCCACUACGAGCUGCGCGUGGACAUGCGUGAUGGCCAGGAGGCUGCCUUCGCCUCCUACGACAAGUUCUCUGUCGAGGACAGCAGAAGCCUGUACAAACUCCGCAUAGGAGGCUACAGCGGCACUGCAGGGGACUCCCUCAGCUAUCAUCAGGGCCGCCCCUUCUCCACAGAGGACAGAGACAAUGACGUAGCAGUUACCAACUGUGCCAUGUCAUACAAGGGGGCUUGGUGGUACAAGAACUGCCACCGGACCAACCUCAACGGGAAAUACGGGGAGUCCAGGCACAGUCAGGGGAUCAACUGGUACCACUGGAAAGGCCAUGAGUUCUCCAUCCCCUUCGUGGAAAUGAAGAUGCGCCCCUACAGCCACCGUCUCGUGGCGGGGAGGAAACGGCGGUCCUUGCAGUUCUAA